AGGCCGCGGGGACCGCCGGCCCACUGGCGCGGGCGCAGUUGUCGCUGAGCUCGCACCGCGGGUCUGAGGUUCCAAGAUGGUCCUGUCCUCAGCGGACCGGGAGGUACUGUGUGCGCUGUGGAGAAAGCUGGGUAACAACGUGGGCAUCUACACGACGGAGGCCCUGGAGAGGACCUUCCUGGCCUUCCCCUCCACCAAGACCUACUUCCUCCACCUGGACCUGAGACCCGGCUCUGCCCAGGUCAAAGCCCACGGCCAGAAGGUGGCCGACGCGUUGUCCCUGGCCGUGGACCACCUGGACGACCUGCCUGGCGCCCUGUCGGCUCUGAGCAACCUGCACGCGCACAAGCUGCAAGUGGACCCGGUCCACUUCAAGCUCCUGUGCCACUGCCUGCUGGUGACCCUUGCCCGGUACUACCCCGGAGACUUCAGCCCCGCCCUGCAGGCCUCGCUGGACAAAUUUCUGAGCCACGUGAUUUUGGCCCUGACCUCCAACUAUCACUAAACUAGGGGUGAAUGAUUGCGGGACCCCACAGCAUUCCCUUCUUGUGACGGUCUAGUGUCUGAGUAAAGUCCCCCCCAAAAAGCCUCAGCCGCGUGCGUGCAUGUGUUCCCUGGGGCGUGCGAGCAAGGGUCCUGAAGGGAUUCGUGAGAAGUGCUGCCCUCCCACCAAAGGAAGGAUGGGGGUCUGGAGGGGCCUGAGCUGCACAUCCCCCUACGGUAAGAGCUGGGCGUGCCCCUGGCCCACUUCCGCUAGACGCCCUGGGUGGCCCAGGGGAGAUUCCAGUUGCCCUAUCCUCGGCUGCCAGUGGCGUUUGGCGCAACGAGUCCCAAGUGCGUAUCUUAAACCCAGACCCACCACACCCUUGGCUGCAGCCACUUGGAGACCCACACCCGAGGCUUCAGACCCUCGAGAGUCGGGUAGAAUGUCGGGGGUCAUAGGCUUGCCUUAGCUGACGAGGCCCGGCCCUUCCCCAGAGCUACUCGCUUCAGGUGACUUCACAGAUCUGGGUAUUCGCGACCUGGUCCCUCACCCUCGUAGAACUGAGGGCAAGGUGCCAGGUAGCCGGGUAUCCCUUAAGAAAAUUAGGGAACGGCGCCCCCUGGUGAUGCAGACAGGACUCAUCAGAGCCCAACCUAAACAACAGUACUGUGGCUCUAGAAGAGUGCUGGGGACUUUGGGGAUCUAGGAGGCUUGGGGUGAAACCCCCACUUGCCAGACUCUGGACCUGGUGGAAGGAGGUGCGUCCUGCCCCAGCACCCAGUCAUGUAGUGGACCAGGGAGCUGGGCCAGAGUCCUACCUACAGCCACAUUUCUAAGGAGACAGAAGUCAGAACAGGUUUCUGUAAAAUUUUUUUCCUCAUAAAAUCAAUUACAGUCAGUGUAGAAACUUUGGGAAAUGCAAUAACUACUUCACUUACUGUCCCUUCUUAUGUAUCCCAGUGGGUCCAGCACACCCAUGAUUGUUCCAAUUCCCACCUGACACAUGGGGAAACUAGGUGUGAACAACUGGAAGACAUGGGAGUUUAGAUUCAGGGCACACAUGUGACACACAGAGACAGACCACACACUAACACAGAUGCAAACAUACACACUGGCAGAAAUAGCCCCUCCCAGAAAUGUAACAAAGUAGCAUUUAAUGUACAGCCCUCCAGGUAGUUCUAGGGACAUCUAGAGAUAUUUUUCUUAAGAAAUGAUACCCUCAAAGUGACAUUGGAAAAAGUGGGCACAUUGGACUAUCUAAAGAGAAAAGUACUUGGUAUGGGGAGGAAAAAAACAUAAGAAAAUUUUAAAAAGUAAUUGGAGAAAAAUAUCUGCCACAAACAGCAAAGGGUUGUUAUCACUAGACCUCCAAAUUCUUUCUCCUCACUUUCCUCCGCCUUUUUCUUCUUGAAGUCGGCCAACCCAACAGAAAAAUAAGCCACAGGAAUAAGGCAAUUUGCAGU